AUGAACUCUUUACUAGUUGGGUUCGUUCUUUGGAGCUCGGCUGAAGAAUACGAUUACUACAGCUGGCAGUCGGACAAUUUCCAGAACGGACGCUUUUACACCAAACAGAGCCAGUGCGUGGACAUUCCCCAAGAUCUCAGCCUCUGCCACAAUGUCGGCUACAAGAAAAUGAGGCUACCCAAUUUGCUCGACCACGAGACCAUGCCCGAGGUGAAGCAGCAAGCCAGCAGUUGGGUACCGUUGCUAGCCAAGAGGUGCCACAGAGACACGCAACUUUUCCUGUGCUCGCUCUUCGCACCGAUUUGUCUGGAGAGACCCAUUUACCCGUGCCGAUCGCUGUGUGAGGUGGUGCGUGACAGCUGUGCGCCGGUUAUGGAGUCCUACGGUUUUCCUUGGCCGGAGAUGCUGAAUUGUAACAAGUUCCCCAUCGAUAACGACCUGUGCAUCACCGUGCAGUUUGGCAGCAAGCAAGUUACUCAGCCACCAGGUAACUUUACACCCUUCGUAAUUCUUCAGAGAUGUGCAUUGUGA